AUGAAUUCUGUCCGGAUUUUUCGCCUGCAGAUUGCGCUGAUUGCUGUGCUGCUGAUUUCCCCGGCACUCAGAGACCCGCUGCUGCCGCUCGAAGGAGGGGGGGUUGGCGGAGGGCACGUGCGCGGAUGGGGGAGCAGCCGAAGGAUGCGGGGUCCCGCAGGGGGCGGAUCGAAGGGCGAGUGGGGCGUGGGGGUAGCUGUGGCGGGAGCAACGAUGUCGGCGGAGUGCUUGGAGGUGGGCCGGCGACUGCAGCAGGCCAUGUGGGACAUCGAGCAGCGCUACGGGGUGGACGUGGUGCAGAGGAGCUUCGCGUUCGACCCGCCGCUGCACCGCUUCCUGGUGCUGCUGGCGAAGCUGCUGGCGGGGCGGCCGCUCACAGUGCUGGCGGUGGGCGGCUCCAUCUCCGCCGCGGGGCACCUGCCGGGCGGCGUCAUGCACGGCACCGCCACGUACGGCCAGGCGCUCCUGGACUGGCUGCAGCAGGUGUUCCCCACACCGCCCUCAACCCCUCCGCACCGUCUCAUCCGGGCCUUCCUACCCGGAGCCGGCUCGUACGUGCUGCACUUCUGCACGGGGGAGCUGUUGGGGGCGCUGUGGGCGGACGGGGAGGAGCAGAGGCGUGCAGCAGGGGAGGCGGACGUGGUGCUGCUGGAGUGCGCUGCAAAUGAUUGGCGUGCAGCAGGAGAGGUGGACGCGGUGUUGCUGGAGUGCGUGCUAAUGAUUGGUCCGUGCUGCAGCCCGCCAUGGUCCCCCGUCCUGGUAGGUGGACUGGCAUGGUGGCAUGGCAUGGUGGCAUGGCAUGGUGGCAUGGCAUGGUGGCAUGGCGUGGUGGCAUGGCGUGGUGGCAUGGCAUGGUGGCAUGGCGUGGUGUCAUGGCGUGGUGGCAUGGCGUGGUGGCAUGGCAUGGUGGCAUGGCGUGGUGGCAUGGCGUGGUGGCAUGGCGUGGUGGCAUGGCAUGGUGGCAUGGCAUGGUGGCAUGGCAUGGUGGCAUGGCGUGGUGGCAUGGCAUGGUGGCAUGGCGUGGUGGCAUGGCGUGGUGGCAUGGCGUGGUGGCAUGGCGUGGUGGCAUGGCAUGGUGGCAUGGCGUGGUGGCAUGGCGUGGUGGCAUGGCGUGGUGACAUGGCGUGGUGGCAUAGCAUCAUGGUGGCAUGGCAUGGUGGCAUGGCAUGGUGGCAUGGCAUGGUGGCAUGGCGUGGUGGCAUGGCAUGGUGGCAUGGCGUGGUGGCAUGGCGUGGUGGCAUGGCGUGGUGGCAUGGCGUGGUGGCAUGGCGUGGUGGCAUGGCGUGGUGGCAUGGCGUGGUGGCAUGGCAUGGUGGCAUGGCGUGGUGGCAUGGCGUGGUGGCAUGGCGUGCGAUCUCUCCUUUCCAUCCCCCUUCCUUUCCCCUUCCCCCGUCACCAGAGGGCAUGCAGUAUGCAGCAGCAGAGGGUCUACUGCGCCAGUUCCUACUGCUGCCAUCACAUCCGCUAGUCCUCUUUCUCAACUUCGGGGUCUUCCAUCCACACGACCCACUGCUCUCCGCCUUCCAUCACUCAGCCGAGGCCCUGCUCAACCACCUCUCAGCAUACUACAGUGUCCCCGCUGUCAGCCCCUGGCGAGCCUACUUCCCCCUCCUUGCCACUGCAGCGUCCCCAACCUGCCCAGCCUCGGCUGAACCUCCCUCCGAGCCUGCCGCCAAGCCUCGUGUGCUUUCCAUGCCGUCAUCCGAGCCUGCGGAGAACCUGACGUGGGCGCACAUGUUUGUGGACCGUGUGCAUCCCUCGGCUGCCGGGCACGGCAUGGCGGGCAGCCUGGCGGCCCACCGCAUCUUCUCCCUCGCCCUGCACUACCUGCGCCGUGAGGGGCUCUCCCUCUCCCGCCACCACCUGCGCCUCGACUGGGUGGAUGGCAAGGCGGCGCCCUCCACCCAGUCCGCCCUGCUCUGCCCGCCCACCUCCCUCUGUCGCAAGUGCUUCGGUGACCUGGGCUUCUCGGCCCUCGGCCCGCCGCUCUCGGCGCCGUGCAUGCUGCCGCCGUUGCAGAGCGCGGCAGACCCGCACCCGCGCUGUGUGCUGGGCAACACCUGGAAUGUGUCGGCUGUGGGCGCGGUGGAGUUCCCCGAGGGGUACACGGCUGUUAGAGAGGCUGCCUCUAAAGGGGAUGCGGCGAGUGUGAAGAGGAUUGCCGAGGCGAAUGCGACAUGGGUGCAGGAUGCGUGUGGGCCGCUGGUGUCGCGGAUCCUGUGCUGGAAGGCCCAGGCUGCUCGUGCCCCUCUGCGUGUGGCUGUGGAUGUGCGGGGGGUCACCCGGGGCAUAGGUGUGGUGUACAAGAUGUUGGACUGGACGAAGCAGGAGCACAAGAUGGACGGUGCAGAUGUAAAGGUGAAUGGCCGGGAUGUGGGGUUCCUGCAGGUGCCUGUGGUGGGGAACACUCUCACUCACUGGCGGCUCAACAGCAGUCUUAUUCAUUUAGAGGACGGGGAAGUGCAUGAGGGGCGUGUUUCAUUGACAAUUGUGCCGCGUACAAAACGGUUUCACAUGGUAGCGUUGGUGGUUGAAUAA